GCGGAAUGGGCACAAUUACAAUGGGAAAAGUUUGGUUUGGAAUUUGAUGAAAUUGAUAAGGAUAAAAAUGGAAGUUUAAGUUUAGUAGAAGUUGAAACUGUUUUACAGAAAUCUGGUUUUAAAGGGGAUACAGAAACCGUAAAGUUGAUUUUUAAGAACCUCGAUACAAAUAAAGACCAGAAAAUCUCUAAAGAUGAAUUUAAAGCUGCUGUUAAGGAGCUACCUAAACUUGAGAUGCAAGAGAUGUCGUUACGCCGGGCGUUUAAGAUGAUGGAUAGUGAUAACAGUGGGUUUUUAUCUAGAAGAGAGAUCAUUGAUGCUGCUAAGACUUUACCCGGUUUAGAUGUUUCUCCCGAGAAAAUAGCUGAUCUUCUUAUAUUUCAAGUUACUGAUAAGGACAAGAAGAUCAAUUUUGACGAGUUUCUUCACGUCUUCGGAAUAGAAGCAGCCGCCUUGGUCAUGAGAAACGUCUUCAAGAAAAUUGAUAAGGAUAACAGCGGC